AUGCAUUUUGUUUGCUCCGCUGGCGAACUCGAAAUUUUGCAGCCAGUCAUCGACGGUCAAGUGGACCAAUCAAACGCCUCGCAAUUAUUGCUCGAAGCCAUACAAAAGGAGGCCUACUUCAGCACAUUGUUGUUGUGGCGUCGUAAGGCGUUAGACUGCUUUUUUGACUUAUCUGACUGGCGUUCGGCGAACUUCAUGGCCAAACUUAUCUUUGACGCGAAUUAUACGAUUUACUUGAAUGCAUACUACAAUCGCGCGGUGCUCAGCGUCGUGUGUUUUGACGAUUUUUUGGACUUGAAUCUGCUGGAGACGCAGCCAGACGUUCUGGAGGAGCUUUUCACCUUCUGCAAUCAGCAGCAAAUGUUGAAUGUACUCGCAGUGUUUAGAGAUUUUCAAGCCACCGGUCGUUUGUACUCUUUCAAUCGUUUUCCGAAUUUCACUGUGGAGAGUAAUCAAUGGCCUAUAAUAUGCUAUCCGAACCGUCUAAAUGACUUGCAGGGUUAUGAGUUGCGCAGCAUGCCGUCACAAUCCGAACCGGGCUCCAUUGUUUAUACAGAUGAUCUUGGUGAAAAGCGCAGUUCUGGUUAUGUUUACCACCUAAUUUCCACCUUCGCCACGAAAUUGAAUGCUACACUUACUUAUAGGGCUCCGUUGAAUGUAGGUGCGAGCAUCGAAAUCUCCAUUCUGGCAGACCUGACCAGCAAUUAUGAAUUGGAUUUGCCAAUUGGCUUGCAAAUGCCUGUAGUGAACGUUUCGCUUUACGGAUUUUCAGACAUUGUGGAGAUCGGCAACUGGAUGCCAAUGCUGCCACGGUCGGGUUAUAUUGAACGCUACCAAAUCUACAAGUACAUCUUUCGAAGCAAUACGUUGAUAAUAGAUGGUCUGAUAUGGAGCACUGUCUAUACUGCACAAUUGCAUGCCUUUUGCAGUCAACCACCUUCGGGAGAACAAAUAAAAAGCUACGCCGAUUUAAAAUCUCGGGGCAUACAAAUUUUACUACCUCUAGAAGAGUAUGAGGUACUUGAGAAAUUCAUGUCCGAAUCCUUUAUGAUGAGCUACAGAGAUAUUUUGCUCGUUAUUCCUGAGCUGCGUGAUUUCUACACACUUCGAAAGAGCCUUAACACAAAUUUCGCAUAUUCUACAAAUUCGGAAAUGUGGGCGAUGGUCGAGCGUCAGCAACGCUACUUCUCUCAACGCCUAUUUCACGUGUCCGAAGAGAUACAAUUCCAUCGCCAAAUUUUACUGGCAGUACCCUUGGCUGAGAAUAGUGUCUAUCGCGCCACAUUCAAUGCUUAUUUGCUGGAGAUGCAGGCGUAUGGUUUCUGGCAUCACUGGACUGCAAUGAGUUUGUUUGAAAUGAUAAAGGCCGGAAAGUUGAGCUUGGAGGAUUUGACUAAACCUCGCCGCAUUGAGCCUCUACAAUUUCGGGAUCUACAUUAUAUUUGGUUGAUGUUUAUUUUUGGUAUUGCCAUUGGAAGUCUUUGUUUCAUGGCAGAAGUAUUAAAUGAGAAGUUUAAGCAAAACACGGCCAAAGGAAUGGUCAGCACUAUUUUGCAUUGCUUUGGAAGGAGUUAAAGGAUGGAUUAGUAUAGGCAUACAAGAACGAUAU